GAAGACGACGACGACGACGACAGCAUGAAGCUCCUCCCCGCAUUGUCCCCCAUGACUCUCAUGGCUGUACUCGCUCGAUCAACCGAUAUCAUCACCACCAUCCCUUCGGCCCCGCCGCUGCAUGCAAAUACGCCCUUGGACCAAUUCCUCUCCUACUCCAUCGAGUUCUCGUCCUUUGUCGACUACGCUGGCAAUCUCUCCCACCCCAACACCUACUCGGACACCCUGCUGGAAAACAUCGCCCAUUAUGCCGGACGCAAACCCUUGGUUCGCGUCGGCGGGAACACCCAAGACCUCACCAUCUUCAACUCUUCCCAAAAGCAAGCUGUGGAGCAGCAGUUCUCCGCCUCGAAUCCCGAUUAUCCUGCCAACCAGACCAUCGGCCCCGCCUUCUUCGAGUCCUACCUGACCUGGCCGGGAGUACUGUUCAGUCACGGCUUCAACUUGGCCGCGACAGCUCCCGAACACCAGCAGGCUGUGCUCGACUCCGUGUACUAUGCCUGCCGUACCCUACGAGACAAGCUGUAUGCCUGGGAGCUCGGAAACGAACCCGACUUUUACGCCGUCAAAGCUUUGAAUCCGACUCCUCCUCGUCAGACGGGAUAUACGGAAGCACAGUAUGUGGCAGAAUGGCUCGCAUUAUCACAAAGGAUGCGCCGUCACAUGCAAACCUCAUGUCCCGAUCUGGCCCAGCACCAGCAUCCAAGGUUCUGGGGCCCAUCGCUUGCGGGUAAUCCAGCUUUGAGCAAUUUCAGCGCCCCCAAAGUCUUCUCCGCCGGCUACAAUAGCGAAGAGUCCAUCAGCAUGAUUUCUCAACACAAGUAUAUCGCCGCUCGUGGUGAUGCGGGUCUCUCACUGCAAGGAACACUCAUGAACCACACCAACAACAAGAGGGCGGUCAGCGAGCUGUUAGCCGUCUCCGCAUCGAUUCAAGCCAUCUCCAAUGAGACUCUUCGGCCCCAAAACGCCGCCUUCAUCCUGGGCGAAGGCAAUUCUUUGGCUCGACAAGGCAUUGGCGGCGUCUCCAACUCCUUCGGUGCUGCACUCUGGGGCUUCGACUAUGCUCUCACUCUGGUGGCGAAUGGCAUUGGACGAUGGCAUGUGCAUCAAGGCACCAACUAUCGCUACCAAGCCUGGCAGCCCGUGGAGACGAGGAACACGACCAAAGGAACGAAAGCGCCCUAUUAUGGCAACAUCGCCGCGGCUGCCUUUCUAGGAGAUCUCAGCACGAAGCAUCGUCCACAAAUCGCGGAUCUGGGUCUGCCUGGCUCGGAUCAAUCCGCUUUCGCGCUGUACACACGAGGCAGAUUGUCCAAGAUUGCUCUCCUCAAUCUGCGAGCGUGGAAUGCGACGAGCGAUAGCGCCGCUCGCCCGACCGAGUCGUACACCUUUCAGCUUCCCCGCGGAUACCGUCAGGCUUCGCUGCAGCGCUUGAGUGCCAAUGGAAGCGAUGCCAUCACCGGAGUGACAUUCGAUGGCUUCAGCUAUGCGGCGGAGCUGGACAGUGGCAGACCGGUGCGGUUGCAAAAUGUCACGUGUGAUGAGCACGUGGCUGUGAGAAACGGGAGAGUGACGGUGACUUUACCGCUCAGUAGUGCGGUCAUUCUGAAUUUG